AUGCAAUCUUUCGAGCCCGUGAAAUGGGACAAAUCGGAAUCCAGAAAAGAUCUCGAGGGUUUGAAUGAAAAUGGCAAUUCUGCCAGAACUUACCACGUUGGGGCCCAAAAUGUCCUUCCGAAGUUUUUUUGUCCUUUUCCUCUUGGCCCUAUAGAAACUUUCCUACUAAUUCAAAGCAAAAAAAAAAAAAAAAAAAACAAUAUUCCUUUCGGCACAAACUCGUCAGUCGUCCGCCGCUGGAAAAACGCCGAAACCGCCACCGACAGCUCGAAGAUGAAUAGACUCCAAGGCAAAGUCGUCAUCGUCACCGGCGGCGCGAGCGGCAUAGGCGAGGCGACGGCUCGUCUCUUCGCCGCCCACGGCGCUCGCAUGGUCGUCAUCGCCGACGUCCAAGAAACAGGCCCAGAAGUCGCCGCCUCCGUCGGCACCGGUAACUGCACCUACGUACACUGCGACGUCACGGAGGAGCCCCAGGUGGAGUCCCUGGUCCGAUCGACCGUCGACCUGUGGGGCCGCCUCGACGUCAUGUUCAGCAACGUCGGCGUCGUGAGCGGGUGCGACCAGACCGUGCUCGACCUCGACCUGGGCCAGUUCGACCGCGUCAUGGCGAUCAACGUGCGCGGGAUGGCCGCCUGCAUAAAGCACGCGGCGCGCGCGAUGGCGGAGGGCGGCGUGAGGGGAAGCAUCGUGUGCACGUCGAGCGUCACGGGGCGCUCCGGCGGGGUCCGCAACACGGACUACCACGUGUCGAAGCACGCGCUGGGCGGGCUGGUGCGGUCGGCGAGCGUGCAGCUAGGGGCCCACGGGAUCCGCGUCAACUCGGUGUCGCCGUACGCGGUGGCGACGCCCGGGCUGUGCCGCAUGCUGGGGACGGAGGCGGAGGAGGCGGAGAGGGCGUACGAGCAGUACGUGUGCCUGAAAGGCGGGGAGCCGAUGAAGGCGCGGCACGUGGCGGAGGCGGUGCUGUUUCUGGCGAGCGACGAGGCGGCGUUCGUGACGGGGCAUGAUCUGGUGGUGGACGGCGGAUUCCUGCACCAGCCGUUCAGGUCGAGUCAGCGGUGGCCGUCUCCCGGCUCCAGCCAGUAGCUUUUUUUUCGGACUAAUUACAUAAGAAUAUAGUAGAGCGAGAAUAAUUUUGGAAAUGAUGGCAUUUGCGAACAUCUACAUGAAAUGGUUGAUGGUGUAAUGAUGCAAGAAUAAUUUUGGAAAUGAUGGGAAAAAAAUGUAUCUUUUCCUUCAAUAAUUAUAUCGAAAUGGGUAAUUAUCGUUCGGGGAUGUAAUGCAUGGAUAAUAUGUAACUACUCAUAAAAAAAAAAUAUUAUAAUUAAU